AUGAGUUUCUUAGCAUGGAACUGUCGUGGGCUUGGGAACCCAUGCACAGUUCGGGAGCUUGGAGAUUUAAUCCGGGCAAAAGAUCCCUCUGUCGUGUUUUUAGCCGAGACAUGGGCAGAUGAAGCAAGGCUAAAUGACAUCAAAAGAAAUUUAAGUUUUGAUAAUUUGCACUUUGUGGAAAGAAUAAAUAGAGCUGGGGGUUUGGCUCUGUUUUGGAAAGACUCAGUGGAUUUACAUGUUGAAACGUCUUCAAAGAAUCACAUUGAUGCGGUGGUAGGAAAAGGAAAAGAGGGAGCUUGGAGAAUCACUGGUUUUUACGGUGAGCCUGUGACACACAAAAGAAUGGAGUCUUGGAAUCUUCUUCGAGAACUCAACUCUCGAAUGACACUUCCUUGGCUUUGUUUUGGGGAUUUUAAUGAAAUAAUCCGUCAAUCCGAAAAAUUGGGUGGCAGUGUUAGGAGCCAAGCACAAAUGCAAAUAUUUAGAGAAGCCAUAGAUGAGUGUGGUUUUAUGGAUCUCGGAUUCACAGGCUCUCAAUUUACUUGGAAGAGGCAUUUCAAUGAUGGCCAUUCGGUGUGGGAAAGAUUAGAUAGGGGUAUGGCAAACAGUGACUGGCUACUUAAAUUUGCAGGGACCAUGGUUCAUCACUUAUCAUCCUUUACUUCAGAUCACUGUCCUUUAUGGAUUGUGCCAAGAAAUUUGCUCUCUCCAAGUGCUUCUAAACCCUUCAGGUUUGAAGAAAUGUGGCUAACAGAGAAAGGGUGUACCGAUACUGUCCAAGCUGUUUGGGCGGUGAGUGAUCCAGCUGACCCGGGCACUAAGGUAAUCAAAAAGAUAGAGAGAUGUGGUAUUGAUUGA